AUGUGGGUGUUCAUCAGCAUCUUUGGAUCUGACCAGAAGCGUCUCUUGAUGGAUAAGAAACGUGGAAGCAACAGAUUUGCAGGUAACAAGCAGCUUACCUGUUCUUGUGAGAGCUCUGAUCAGGAGAGUGUUGAGAAACUCAUCGAUGUUUCCGUUGCUGGUGAUGAACAUGUAGAGACUGAGGUUUGUAAGAAGUUAGCUGAUGAAUCUGAAGAAAAGUUCAGCGAGAUCAUCAAGCGGUUGAUAGCUCAGAAAGAAGGAGAGAUACAAACCUGCAAGGACUUGUUGGAGGCGUUUCAUGUCUUGAAUUCUGAAGAAGAAGAAGAAUCACUACUGAAGAAGGUUUCACAUGAAGAUGCUCAAAGCUUGGGAGAUUCUAAGAGAGUAGAAGAAGAAAAGCAUGAAGCAGUCACAAAACAAGAGGCGGUGAUGGUACCUCAGAAGAAGAGUAAGUUCUUCAGCAGGAAAUGGAGAUCAGAAGAGAGGAGAAUCAGAUCUCAAGCUGCAAAGACAAUAGUGGUUUUGAAACCUCGUCCAAAUAGUUUGGAUGCUGAUUCUAAAGGCAACGAUAAGUCCAAAACCAGGAGAAGCUUUGCUCGAUUUCUUGUAGGUUUAAUCAAAACAAGACUACACUCUGCUGUUGGAAAGAAGUCAUGUGAUAAGAGUUGUUUGCAGCAAGAGAUGGAGCGUAAAUCCGGGAAGCACGUUCCGUGUGAAGAAGAAGAACCGUUGUGUAAUGAAAGAGUGACUGUUGACGCAAGCGAAGAAGACUCAAAGAAGAUCAUGUCAGGCUUAUAUAUUGCAGCCAGGAAACACUUGUCUGAAAUGCUUGCAAAUGGAGACAUAGAUGUGAACUUACCAGACAAGGAAGUACCAAGAAUCCUCGGGAAGAUUCUUUCUCUCCCUGAGUUCUCAUCACCAGGAGAUAGCCCUAGAUUGAUGAUCCCGGCGCAUGAUCUUAGCCAAACAACCGAGAAACCAGAGAUUCUGCAAUGCGGUUCAUGUACUAAUGGUCUCACUGAUGAAGAUUCAGAUCAAGAUGAUGAGACAUUGUUCACCAUCGAUGUUUCUGUUCCCAAAGAGCAUGAGGAUGAAACUAGGGAUAUAGAAAAGGAAGAGAAGACAGAGAUAGAUCCAUUAACUGAAAGUUGCAGCUCUUCUAUUUCUCGACAAGACGAAUAUGUUGAUGAAGAUAUCCUUGAAUGUCGUGAAGAAGACAACGAUCAGAGAUCCUUGAAUAAGGAAAUGUCGCAUUCUUCUCCUCCACAGUCUCCACCGAGUUCUUCGGUUAGGAUGACUGAAUGCAAAGAAACCGCCACUGAUGUGCAGGGGAAGUUAAGUCCCGUGUCUGUGCUCGAGCCUCUGUUUACAGAUGACGAGAGUAGCCCAACAACAAGCACGAGAUUCAGUUCAGCUGAAAUGCGGAUACAACCACUCUGUAUAAGAUUCGAUGAAGAUGAUUCUCCGAAACCAGACAAAGCCAACAAUCUCAAACCAAGCAUGGACGACAAGGAACUGACACUUGCGUACGUUGAAGCCGUUGUUAACUCCUCAGGCUUGACCUGGGAAGAGCUUCUGAAGAGGCCCUUCUACUCAGAACAGCUUCUUGAGCCAGAAUCAACAGAUGACAUAGUGUUCUGUUCUACACAGCUCUGCGACGACAAGCAUCUCCUUUACGACUGUAUCAACGAAGUUCUUCUGGAUUUCUGUGGGAAUGAACUAAACCCAGGGCCUUGGAUCUCGUUCGUGAAACCUGAGCUCCAGCUAAUCUCAGACAUGGAGAUCGCAGCUAAAGUGGCACGAGAAGGGGUUUACUGGCAUCUCCAACCUUUGCCUUCUCCUCACACUUUAGAUCAGAUUGUGAGAAAAGACAUGGCUAAAACCGGAAGCUGGAUGGAUCUCCGGUUUGAUAUCGGUUGCAUUGGUUCCGGCACUACUGAAAUGAUCCUUGAUGAUUUAGUAGAAGAGAUCAUCAGAAGCUGCAGAGACAUCAUGGUUCAAGCUGAAACCGAUGCCAAACCGGAAUAG